AUGGCAAAACAUCACCCAGAUCUUAUAAUGUGUAGAAAGCAACCUGGCAUUGCUAUUGGGCGUCUUUGUGAAAAAUGUGAUGGAAAAUGUGUGAUUUGUGAUUCAUAUGUAAGACCUGAUACACUUGUUCGAAUAUGUGAUGAAUGUAAUUAUGGUUCAUAUCAAGGUCGUUGUGUGAUUUGUGGUGCUCCUGGAGUAUCUGAUGCAUAUUAUU